AUGGGUCAGCGGCACAAAGUUUUAGAGACUGACACUCCCACUGCUAAGUUCCUCUACACAAUCAUCAAGCAAUUGGACUUGAAGUCGGUCGAUUGGAAUCGGGUCGCCUCCGAUGUUGAAGUCUCCAAUGGUCAUGCCGCUCGUAUGCGGUACUCUCGCUUCCGACAGCAGAUGGAAGGAAACACAGGGGCAAGCAAGCCAAAGCGAAAGAGCAAGAAGGGAAAGACCAUGGAUCCACCUGCUGAGAUGCAAGGCAUAUUUCCAAUGGCUCCGCCGCUCAUGAUGCCCACCAUGGCAUCGAUUGAUUCUUCUCUUCCUGGCAAUCCCUUUGUAAAAUGCGAGCCUGGCAUUCAGGGUAAUGCGAACCUACAGAGCUUUAUGCAACAAUCUCCGCAGUUGAUGUUGGAGGCUAGCGCCGAAGGACAGUAUUACUUUCCUCAGGAUUUUGCCUCGAUGCAGUUCCAGCUGGCGUCAAGCAUACCAUCAGCGAUACCAUCACCUAGCCCCGCAAGAUCAUCGUCCUUCAUGCAAAAUCCAUACCAGUUCCCGACAAUGCCAACUGGCUAUCCUUUUUCAUCACCAGGCACUCAAUCUGGGUUUGAUUUGCGGGACUUUGACCAAAUGAACCCUUUCACCAGUUCUGCUCCAGCCAUCAGCUGGGAACCACGCUCUCCUUCUCGCCAGGAAGGCCCGACUAUGAAAGCCGAAGAAGGACAAAAACAGACCGAGGAAGAAAUGUCGAGCGCAGGAAAUCAGGAAGAUGGUCAUGUUGUUGUCAAAGUUGAAAAGAAUCUAGAAUGA